AAUCAAGUUUGGAAAUUAUAUGAUUGUACCAAUUGCUCCUGUAAUCAUGAUUGUACUAUAGGCCUGUGGCCUCCUCAGUACGUUGAAUAAAGAAAUUGAAAUUGAAUCCCGUUCAUAACCAACACUAGAAGCACGAAUAUGUACGUAUCCAACAUUGAUUUCUUCAUCGUUAACUCAUUUCUUUUCACAGGUCCUAAGGGUGUAAAACUAGCAUCUCUUUCAACUCCCUGCAAUGCGCUUCCAGCGGAAAUGACAUGGCGACGAACGUCCCCGAAUGGUUUCUUUCACCAGAACAAGUGGCAUUCGCUGCUGUGUACUGACACACUGCCUCGCACCAUUGAUGCUUACAGACAGUGCUUGAAAGGAAGAACGCUCUGGCUUCAUGGGGACUCGACAAGUAAUCAGUUUAAAGGAGCUCUUCAUUCAAUUUUACGCUUUCCUUCCCAUACAGAUGCUCAUGUACCUGUUACUGAUACAGAUUUGAUACAUAAUUUUUCAAUUUCCUGGCAUGCUCACGAACUACCGUUCUAUCAUGGAGCUCGACACUAUAAAAGGUCAACAAACCAGGCGCAGCACAUCAUGAUGGACCGCCUCCCGAGCACCACCAAAGAUAUUGUAGUGUUAUAUAUGUAUGUUCAUUUCCUGCUUGUCCAUCCGGAUGUGUUUAGGCGACAUGUUCAAAGACUUGUUCCAUCUGUCAGGAACCUCUUGGAACGCGCUCCUAAUGUUACAAUCGCAGUUCGUGGCCCACAUGCAUUUUUCAGAUCGAUGCAUGGUAUGUUAUCUUACUGGGGUCAUCUGUACAUUGAUAUUUGGCAUCAAGAAUUUGCUUCAAUGCAAGACAAAAUUGUCUAUGUAGAUUUCUGGGACUUGACUAUGGCAAAACCAUCUCAGGAUUUCCACCCACAAACUGACACAGUGAACGAGAUGGUACACAACAUGAUGUCAUUGUUGUGCUUUAGAAAGUGAAGGAAUUGUUUUUUCAUAUGGAUAUAUACUCAGUUGCCUGUAUUGUAACAUGAGGGUUGUAUUUCUUCAGAUAAACUGGUGUUCUGUCUUUGAAUCGCGUUAUUUCAAUUUACAUCUUGAAAUUAUUUGGAAAUUUCACAUUUAGGUCUUCAUCACCCUCAUAAAAAUAUUCUUGACCAUGUUUAUAUCAGAAUAAUUGCUGCAGUUAUUUGUAAAUAUAUUGAUUAAUAAGUUUAUACAACUGUAGAUUCCUUUCAUUUGACACCAAAGUAUCAAUUUGGUUUAAGGAAAUAGUUUAGAAAAAUCCACGAAAUACAUUUGAAACAUUUGGUUAAACGAAUGGUUUAUGUUAUAUCACCAAAAAAUAGUUUAUAUCUUAUCGUUAUUUAAUCUGUAUUCAGUACUUAGAAGGGGUAACUGUUGUUUCUCAAAUAAAUGAUUAAUAUCAGAGUAAAUAAGCGAGUUUUGUCCAGCUAAUACAUUGAUUAACAGCAUGAGCAAUGAUCA